CAACGCCGUUUCUGUGGUAACCGGGCUGCGCGUCUUCCUCGGAGCCGCGGUUGGAGCACGGCGUCUGGAGUUGCAGGAUCAAAAAUGUCAGUACUCACUUCUCCAAGAGGAAAGGUGGAGGUGGUUCACUGCCGAAGAACAGAGUCACAGGAUAUUUAUUGCAUCAAAAACCUCAUUAGAAAAUUUACCCAGAAGCUGUUUGGGAGUCUUAAUAUAAUCUCUCUUCUGGAGAAGGCAAACCUUGCCAUCACCCUCCACAAUGACCAGGAGGAGAUCAUGGCCCAGGCCACCUUCCUGGACUAUCCCAACUGGAAUGUCGCCCCACAGGAAGACUGGGUGUCCGUGUUCCGGGAGCUGGACAGUGAAAUCCCAUGCACACCUCUGAACACGUUGUUCAUGCACCUCUUUGUGGCCGUGGACGAGUAUUCUGUCGGCUGCUGCAAAGAGAUUAUUCGGACCGUGUUCAAGGCGGUGCCAGACCUGCACUUCAUAUUCCUCAUCGUGCCGUCCUACAUGAGCCUCGGCUCGACUCUCAUAACUGUGUUCAACCAAGUGGGGAACAUUCCAAGCCUGACGUAUGAUGAGGACUUUGCCGUGCACAUAUGUCACAGGCACAGCCACUACCCUCAGCUACACAUCCGCAAAGCCAGGGUGGAAGAUCACGACGACCUCGUGCCAAUAUUCCUGCACCAUGACACCAUCCUGAAGGAGACUUAUGGCAAAUACUUCCUGGCUGAACUCAUAGAAGCCCAAGAUGAAGAGAAUCAUGCCAUCGUGUGUGAGGUGGAAGGUGUAGCUGUUGGGUUCAUGAACGUGUGCUCGAGAGUGAACAUGCAGCUCCUGCAUGAGUGCUUUGACUUGGGGCCCUUCCACGGACUCUGCACCCCGCAUCCCGAUGACGUCCUGGAGCCACCCCAAGAGCUAAGCGUUCAAGGAAGUUCAGGUGCCGAGCUCAGGAGCAGCAGCCAGGAAUGCCAGCAAAUAGUCAAGGAGCCACAGGAAGCUGUCUCCCCGGAGGCCGGGGAGAGCAUCCAGAGAAAAAGCACAGAAGAAGCUGCAGUGGAGGAAGCUUUAUCACCAGUCCAAAGUGAAAACACUAGUGAAGCGGAGGACACAGAAAAACUCAGUCAAGAGUACAGUGUGGAUUACACGGAUUACUGCAUCAGCAAUACGAGCUCAGCGUCCAUCUCUCUGCCCGAAGAGACCAGCAACUUCCGCCCCAUCUACAGGGGCGCCUCCACUGCCUUCUGCAUCCAGAUGUUUUGUAUUGACGAGAAGCAUGAAGCAAGGUCACUGGACUUUAUGAAUUUUGUUUUCAGUCUUUUUCCUGACAAGAACUUCUGCAUCAUUUCUCUGCCACAUCUCACCCCUGAGUUUGUCCUCAUACAGAACUUCGUGAAGAUUGUCCCCUUCAACAACUGCACCCUGGACCAGGACCUCUACGUCUUCCAUCGGGCAGGAUUGCUCAAGACCAUUAAAAUAAGAUUAGCCACUCUCUCGGAUACUCCUGGUGUUGAAAAUCUCGUCAGCACCCUCAUGCUGAGUAAAAGCAUAUUGGAAGAUUUACAGCAGUACAACGAGGCUCGCAGGGACCCUGAUAUAGAGUACAUACGAUCCCACUACAAUAUUGAAGACUUCAUAUACUUUAGUUACCACCAGCGCGAAGAGCAUGGCCACCUGUAUCACUUUGCCCUGAACCCCAUUUUUCAGCACUACACCAAGUUUUUUCUAAAGGAGAUCCUCCGUUUAGGAUAUAAGUCCUGUCUCUACUACCCUGUUUACCCGCGAGCCAAGGAAGGCAAGUUUCAGAGCUCCAGCGCCCACUCGCUGACGUCCGCCCUCCACUACUUGGUUCCCGUGCGGCCCCGACGACAGAUUGUCUAUCCCCUGGAAAAGCUUGGCAUCAACGCCCCAUCAAAGGAGGUCUCCAAGGACGCGUUGAGUUAUGCCUUGAAUCAUACAAACAGAAAACUAACGUUGGAACCUAAAAUAACUGUCAACGCCAAGAUUGUUGUGGUUGGUGCGUCCAAUGUUGGAAUUUCCUUCCUAGAGACAUUGAUAUUUUGCUCUCACCUGAAGUUCAGUAAUCUCACCCUGAUUUCAACCCACGGACUCCCAGGAAAAAAACUUCUGGGCACUGAACAAAGGAAGUUUUUAGCAAGCGACCACUGUUAUAAUGACAAAGAUCACGCGUUGAUGUCGCUGUGCUCCUGGAUCAACGUGGUGGUUGGUAAAAUGACUGCCAUAGACCGAGCAGCUAAGCAGGUCAUUGUUUCCAGAGAAGAAGUCGUGCUCUACGACCACCUUGUCCUCUGCACCGGGCAGCAGUACCAGGUCCCAUGCCCUACAGGGGCCGACAUUAGUCAACACCCGACAAACAGAGAAGUUCUGAACAGCAGUCUGCAGCGGUACACGGGCCCAGUUCCCUGCAAUCAUUUCACCCUCAACGACGAAGAAGAUUGCUUGAAGGCCCUGACUUGGAUCAGGAACAACUCCAUUGCUGCAGAAGGGAAUGUCAUCGUCUAUGGGAACACAAUUGACACAUACACCACGGUGGAGACGCUCUUGAACUUGGGUGUGAGGGGCUCCUGCAUCCACCUGGUGCAACACCCACCCACCUCCAUCAUCACCUGCAUCAACAACUACGCGGUGGAGGGCGCGGUGGAGGAUGCCCUCCGAGCCGCGGGGGUCACCGUCUACCGGGACGCGGUCCUGGCUCAGUGGAACGAUGGCCUGAACCCAGACCCCAUCCACAGCGCCAGCUUCACCACACCCACCAAGCCCUUCCAGCUUCCCUGCUCCAUGUUCUUCAGCUUCUGUGAGAAGAACGUGGAUUACGAAACAUUCAGAGCCUUCAACGACGCGUGCCUUGUCUACGACGGCCGGCUUGUGAUCGACACCAACUUCCACACCAAUGACAUAGCCAUCAGAGCUGCCGGCUCCCUCACCAAGUUCUCCAACAGGUAUUACUCGAAUGAGUGGACUCACAGCAACUUCAAUUCCAAGGAAAUUGGCUUCCAGCUGGCAGCAGUGAUGCUCAACCUCUUUGACCCGACCCUCGAGCCUGUGACUGAGCCGCCGGCUGACCUUGACCGACUCAUCCCCAUGUACAGGGGAGCCAAGAUCAAAGGAGGCAUCCUCCCUGGGUCGUACCAUUAUCUGCAUAUCGCCAAGCCCGCCAUCCCAACCCCAUUGGAGGUACAAAUGGCCCAGUCUGAUUUUGGUUCAGAAAUAGUAACAGGUAACGCGAAGAACGGGACUUACUUCCGAAUCCACACCAACAAGUACAAGAUGGUGGAAACCAUCACGUGCCUUUCCAAAGUGCCUUUCCCUGCCUCCAACUACAUCCGCCUGUUCGGCCAGCACGAGCAAGUCCUCAACAACCUGUGCGCUCGGUACAAGGACGGGCUGGUCCCAGACCUCUACAGCUACUUCACGGAGCCGUGGUGCAUGGCCCUCUUUCACGAUCGUUUUAUUGAUCUCCGGAAAGAGUUACGCCAGAUCUUAUCCUCCAAGGAGGAGGAAAACCUUCCUUCCAUAGAAGAGUUAGCCCGUCAGAUCGAAGAUGAGGAAAUUAACCUGCCCGAGAAGCCCAAGAAUUACCUCAAAAGAGUUUUCCAGGAAACCAUCUACAGGCCUCUGGUGGAGAAGAGCAUCCUUGACUAUCUGCACUAUAAUCAUUACCACCUGCCCAUGUACGCGUGGCCGGGCAUCAUUUAGCGGUGGCCACGGCCUCCACUUGAUUGCUUCCACGCGUGUCGUUCCGGGAAGUGCUCCGUAGAAGCAGGAAACCUCUCUGAAGCCUGGCUGGACCGCCAGGCACCGUCGUGGUUCCGUCCUUUCUUUUCCGUGUCCACCGAUGCCUGUGGUUUCCUAUCGUCCCAGUAGGUGGCGCACGGCGGUGCGUCUCGAUUCUGGGGCAGGGAGACGCUUUACCAACACCAGGCGUGUUCCUGGGCAGAAUAACCCAUUUUAGCAAUAAAAU